AUGGCAGCAACAUUUUGCGGCCAUACAACUAUCGCAGCAUAUUUGGAUGCUUCUCUCAUCGCAGACGCAGCAACAAAUUCAAGAGGAGCUUCAAAAGAGAUUGGUACUGCUUUAACCAGAGUAUGUUUAAGACACAAGGCGGUUGAAACACGCCUUAAAACAUUUACAGCUGCUAUAAUGGACUGUCUGGUACAACCAUUACAAGAUAAAUUAGAAGACUGGAAACGUUCUGUCGCUACUAUAGAUAAGGAACAUGCCAAAGAAUAUAAACGUUGUCGUACUGAAUUGAAAAAACGUUCGACAGAUACGUUACGUUUACAGAAGAAAGCCCGCAAAGGACAAUCUGAUACAUUGCAAUCGUUAAUGGAUUCACACAUGCAGGAUGUCACACUAAGACGUGCUGAACUGGAGGAGGUGGAGAAGAAAUCCUUAAGAUCAGCCAUGAUUGAGGAACGUAUGCGUUAUUGCAGUUUUGUUCAUAUGCUGCAGCCAGUAGUGAAGGAAGAAUGUGAGGUUAUGUCGGAAUUGGGUCAUUUACAAGAGGCCAUGCAAUCGAUUGCUUUGGUUACCAAGGAACCUCAAGUUUUACCAGCUGCCAGUGAGGAAUUGAUACAUGAUGCUAAAGCUUCUAUAACUUUAUAUCCCGAAUCACCAAGUGCCAGUGCUGGUGGAGGCGGUUCUCUAUCCCAGGGUGGUUGUUCAAAUUCCUUGGGUUCGCGCAAGUCAUCAGUGUGUUCUAUAAGUUCUAUGAAUAGCAGUGGUUCUAGCAAUUCUCCUGGACAUCCUCAUUAUCCUAGAUCUUUGUCACAGUUAAUUUCGCCUUCUAUACGCUUAAAGCCCGGCGAAUCCAGUGAUAGUGGCUUUUGCUCUUCACCAGCUUUAACCACACAAGGCUCUUCUAUCAAUAAUCCUUCGCACGCUGUUACCACUUGGCCAACACAUUCCCAAGACACCGUUGAUUUACCAUCUAACGCCUCCGAGCGUCCACACACUAUUUCUUCAGCCUAUGAAAAAGGUCAUCAAAGGCCUCCUUUAACUGUUUACACCUUUCAAAAUCCCGAAACUAUACACGAAGGUGGUGGUGGCAGUAACAAUGCUGCUGCUAUUAAUAAUGGUACAGGUGGCACUUCAUCGGGUCAAAACACCCCCUCGACCCAAAAGUCACCAGCUGGUGCUUUAACUAGACCACCUUUACCAGUGAAACCAGCUCCUGUGCGAUGUUCAUCAUUAGAAAGACCUCUAUCGGCCAAUAGUCGCGGUAAUGGCACAAAUUUAAUGCAACGUCAAUGUCCAUCACCAAUACCAGCUCAUGUCACUAAAGAGCUAUCAGCACCUGCUCAGCAACAGCAUCAACAACAGCAACAGCUAUUGCUACAGCAGCAACAGCAGCCAAAUCAACAGCAAACAUCCCCGCCUACAUAUGUAAAUAUGUCUGAAUUGGCCAAUAUGGCGGCUAUGAAAAUUACUAAUCAACAACAGCAGCAACAGCAACAACAACAACAGUCACCAACAAUACAUCAACAGCAACAAGUGUUGCAACAACAACAUUCUAUAGAUUCCAUAUCAUCCAUACACUCUAAUGAUUCGAACGCUUCAAUGCAUCACAAUCAAUCGCCACACCAACAGCAACAACAACAACAUGUUCAAACUACACCACCAUCACAUCAACAACAACAACAACCAACACGUUCUCAUUCCUCUAACUCAAAUACACCAUCGUUACACUCUCAUCCAUCCAUUGAAUCGACCGUGGCCACACCACCAAUCGGUCAAACUCCCUCUGCCUCCAGCGGCAGUUCAACCCCCCAGAAUCAUUAUUCACCUCUGUUGACCAAUUCACCAUCUUCAACCGCUGCCGGCACACCCAGUGGUGCUAGUAUUACUAGCAGUGGUCUAACAACAAGUGGAGCUGCUGGUGGUGGCAAUAAUUCGGGUAAUAAUUUCAUGUACAAUAUCUGUUCACCUACACCUCCCCAAAGCGCCAAUUCCUCACAAGCUAGUGAUAUUUUAAAAAUAACCGAAUCGGAAGGUAAUGGUACUGUAGCGCCAUCAUCCUUAACCUCUCAGACUAAUGAAUCGAAUAUUGUUUGUUCAUCAUCCUCUGUUAAUAAUCCAGAAAUUUCUAAUUCAAAUAACGAUGCAGAUUCUUCCGGUAAUGUCGUUGAGAAUGAUGAACGUUCUCGAGCUUCGGUUUUGCAAAAAGCCUCAAUGUUUGAGAAACAAGCUGCUGGUCAAAGUACGCCAACCCCACCGGCUAUUGCUUCUUCUAAUCUGUCACGCAAUAGUGUAGCUGCAGCAGCAAAUAUUGACAACAGCACUAAUGCAGGCAUUUAUGGUACACGCACUAGUAGUCAACACCAACAGCAGCAGCAACAAUCACAGUCUAUAGAUCCUCAGGAAGUCGACAAAUGUUUCGAAGAUUCUUUACAAGAAUUAAAUAAUUUAAUUGGCGAAUUAGAUUCUUUUCAACGCGAAAUCGAUGCCUCCAAACAGCAUAAGGAACAUCACAAGAAUGUUAAAAAUUUAUAUGAUGGUAUUGAUUCCUACAUAUCCAAUGAAACCAUGACAAUAAUAACGGAUGAUAAUACCACCACGAUUAUAUGUGAGACUACCCAACAGCAGCACUUGCAGCAAACGCAACAGGAGAGAUUUUGUACGGCUAGUAAUCAAACCAAUAGCAGCGGUUGUGGUACAGAUAUUUCCGAUACCACUUCGGAAGAUUGUAAUGCUGAUACAAGAUCCCUAACUAGUCAAACUGGUAUGGGUGGUGGAGGAGUAGGAGUAGGAGGUGGAUGCGGCGGCAAUGGUAAUGAACUUAUUGGUGGUCUUUUGAAGACCAAUUUAAAAGCUUUAUCUGGUGGAGCAUUUAACAGUGAUUCAGAAUUAAGUCGUUGUUAUAUUAGCGAAACUAGUUCCAUAACGGGGGGCUGUGCUGGAGAUGGUUAUGAAAAUCCCACAUUUGCACACUUUGCCGCCUCAUCCUCAGCCUCUCAGUGCUAUGAUGACAAUAGAUCCGAUACCUUAUCGCUACAAAGACAAGCCCUGUACGGUGACAAUAUGAGUGAUAAUGGUAGUAAUGUAGUUGUAAUAUACGAUCAUCAACCACCCAUUACACCGGAUAUUGAUUAUUGUAAACAAAAUUCCGAAAUUGUUAUGUUACGAACGAAACCAGCACAACACUCUCAAUAUACUCAGGAAAUGAGAGAGCUACAGCAAUUACCCGAUAAUCUAACGGAUACCUCCUCUCCCACAUCACCCAACGGUACGUCCGAUCAUUCCAUGCAUCAGCAUAUUGCUACGGUGGCACCUGCAAAACAGAGACUUUCAUCAUUCCGAGCAUCUAGUGAACAAUUACAAUUAUUGAAUAGUUCUCCCACAGCAGCGGCAACAACAAAAGCAGCAACAAUAGCGACACCAACAUCAUCAGCGUCGUCGCCUUCAUCGACACCUUCAGUUAAUAGUUGUAGUUCUAAUAGUAGUGAGACCAUAAUACGUAAAAAAUUACCACCGAAACCACCGAGUCUUACGGUGUUUCAGGGAAUUUCAACGGCUCAAAUGGAAAUCAACAACAACAACAACAGCAAUAAUAAUAGUAAAAGCGCGAAAUUAUUACAAACUCCGCCGAAAUUAGAUUUUAAAAGUGAUUUAGAGGCUAAAAUAUUAAAGCAAAAGGAAAAGCUUAAAAAGCAACAAGAAAUUGAACAACUGCAACAGCAGCAGCAGCAACAAAAACAAUUAGUUACUUCUAUUAGCCAACAACAAAAACUGCAACAACAUCAACAACAACAUCACAAUAUAAACAACAGUACAAAACCACUGGAAACAUCACUAUCAUCAUCUUCACCUUCAGUUACUGUUUCAUCAACAACAUCCUCAUCAUCAACAUCUUCUUCAUCAUCAUCAUUGGCUAGCCAUAGUAAUAAUAAUAAUAUAAAUAGCAAUAACAAUAAUCACAAUUCAUCAUCUCCAUCAUUAAUAACAACAACUCCCAACAAUCAUGAUUCAUUGAAACAUACUUUAAAUAGCCACCAACCAAAUUCUCAUAUUUAUUCUAAAACACCUUUGACAGCUCAUGCGUUUAAGGCAUCAUCACCAACAUCAUCAUCAUCAUCAUGUCCACAACCUGCAUUAAAUUCAGUCUCGUCUUCUUCAGCCUCAUUGAAUGUUGUUAUGCCACUACCACCUCCAUUACCGUCUGCUACCAAUACCACCAACACCCAUCAUAAUAAUAGUAAUGUUGGUUCUAUGUUGUGUAAUACAUCCCCUGCUCCUUUGUUAGCUAAUGUCGCCAAGCCGAGCAUUACGCCAAGACCAGCUUCAUUGUCGGGAUCUACCCGUAUUGCUAGACGGUCUUCAGUAAAUACUGCCAAACCACCACCGCCCGUAAGACGCAGCUCAUCAGUAACACCUAGUCCUAAUACACCUACCACGCCUACCAAUACAAAUGCUAUAAAUAUGUUGCAUCAGCAAGCUCAUUCUUUAAAUACUUCCACCGAAAAUUUGCCUCCACCACCGGCUUAUUUAUUGGAUGCACGUCAAACUACUCCCACCUCUCCGCCAUCGUCGGUCAUGCCCAAUUCAUCACAGAAGGUAUCAGAAACGGUUAAAGCUUUGUCGGGUUUGCGUCAUCAACCUGCAUCUCCUCAUACCUUAAGACGUCUUCAACAACAACAACAGCAGCAGCAACAGCAACAGCAGUUGCAACAACAAUCUAUGUUACAGAGUCCUAUACACCAUCAAAUCUAUUCUCCUAACAUUACUACCCCAACAUCUCCUAUAACUUUACCCAUGCACGAUGAACCCGAAUAUGAUGCUUAUUAUAAUACUUAUGUUGAAGUACAAUCAUUUGCUGAUAACGAUAAGCUAAUAACGCCUACAAAAAAUAAUGCAAAUAUUGCUUUAAUGCUUAAUAAUGCUAAUCCUAAUAAAAUAAUAUCACCACUUUAUCAACAGCCACCAAAACAAUAUCAACACCAAUAUACAAAAUCCUCACCUGUUUUGUUAUCACCACCUACAAUUAAACGUACAACGCCCACUACACCCCUUACGCCGCUAUCCUCUUUACAAACUGAUCUUGAUGAAAUACCCCCUCCUUUGCCACCACCAAAUCCCAAUCAAUCUCAAACUAUUCACCAUCAUCAACAUCAAUUAUCCCUACCGUUACGUUAUCAGCAGCAGUUGCCUACGCCAGUUGCAACUGCUCAUAGUAAUAAUAAUCAUAUGCCGCCACAGCAAUUACAAAAUCAUCAUCAUCACCAACACCAACAUCAACAACAGCAGCAGCAAAAUCAAUAUCAAGAGCAACAACCGCAAGAUUAUAAUAAUGGUGAAGCCAUUUAUGGCACAAAUUCGCCAACUUCAUUUCGCACUUCAUCACCCGGCGGCGGAAUAUAUGCACAACCGAAAAUUUUAAAUAAUAUGUCAAGUUUUCGUACCAACAGUCCAGGUCCUAACGGUCAUCAAACACCCACACAAACACAUGUGCCAGCUCAACCAAAAACUAAUCCCAAUCUAAUAGCUCAAUUAAAUGCACGCUUAAAUAGUAAACAACAAACAAAUUCGAAUGAAGCUAUCUAUGGUGUGUCCUCGAUAAACCAUCAUCAGCAGAGGGAAGAAAUCUAUAUGCGUAACUAUCAGCAACAGCAGAUGUCGCCACAUUUAACACAGCCACCACAACAACAAACACAGCAGCAGCAAACCUACGACGCCGCUGAAAACAAUGCCAAUGCCACUUUCAAUACCAACCAAAAUCAAAAUCAAUAUUCUUCUCAAUAUUAUGCGCCUAAACAUUUAACAGCUGCCCAUCAUCAGCAACAACAACAGCAACAAGCACAGCAACAUGUGCUAAAAGUGGCAAAUGCUACAAAUAUGCAUCCAUCGCGACAAUCCCAUCAAACAAUGCCUAUGUCUCAGUCCCCCUUGCCGCCACAGCCUGAACCAAUUGUUCAGCAAUCUCAUUAUCAAACGGCUCAUCAUACACAUCAUCAACAGCGCGAGCCAAUGCAUCAUGCAUCAGCUCAGCAUUAUACGUGUCCGCCACCGCUUGAAGAUCCUCCACCACCACCAAUACAUAGUAGUAAUAAUAAUUCAGCUACUAUGCCCAAACGUGCGACUAGUAGUCAUCACCAACAUCAUCAACAGCAGCCACAUAAUUUGGCUGCUUAUGCAGCAGCUUCAGCUGCCGCCACUUUACCUAAAAAUAUGAUUCAACAACAACAACGUUUACAGCAACAGCAGCAACAGCAGGGUAUAUAUGGUACACAUCAAGCCCAACAGCAACAAUAUCACGCUCCGGCCGCCAUAACAGGCGCCCCUCAACCAGCUCAACAAUAUCAAAAUCCUCAGCAUAUUAGUCAACGUCCACCUAUGCCACUGCCACAUCAUCAGCAGCAACAACAACAACAACAAGCCCAACAGCAAACGUCCCAACAAACUACUAAUAGAAAUAAAACUGCUACAGUUAAUGUUAAACAGCCACCGGUACCCUCUCGUCAUUCCAGUGUACAGCAGAAGAUAUUUGUGGCCACAAAUCCCUUCAUACAAACCACUACUAUACACUGUCAUUCGCCCAGUGCAACAUCAUCCGUCCAUUCUCAACCAGCUUCACCUAUUUGUAGUUCACCCACUCCCUCUUCAGUGGCUAGCAUUUAUGGCACCAGCAGUCGUCGUAGUAGUGGCAGUGGUGGUGGUGCUGUUAUGUCUCAUUAUGAUGUUGGCGGCGGCGGCGGUGGUGGUAAUACUGGCCAAAUGUAUUACAACCAUCAAUUAAAUACUGCCUCGAAUACAAACUAUACCAGCACAAAUGUCGAUAAAACUGCUAGCAUACGAUCAAAAGCAAAAGCUGAAUUUUUAGAAAAUCUCAAUGCAAAAUUGGCUAAACAAAGUUUAUCAGGUCGAGCCUUUGCUGUACGUAAUUUAAUUAAUAGCAAGGCCUUGAUGUAUCAAAAUUUACAAAACCUUAAACGUCCUAGUGCACAAUAUCGCAAUCUUCCUUUGUUUGACACCAAUUCUACUUCUACUCCUACUAUCGCCGAUGAAGCAUUAUAAGCGUAAAUGAUUUUAAAGAAAAAAGCCGGAUCCUCGUAUCUGUCAUGAAUCCUUGAUGGAUCAAAUUAAACGUGGGGCUACAUUAAAACGCAACCAAAAGAUUAACGAUCGCAGUGCUCCAAAAAUCUAUUAAGCAACAACAAUAAUUAAUAAUAAUAAUAAUAUUUAAUAAAUUUAUCUAUUUAUUAAACUAAAAAGUAAAAACAAAUAUAUAAGUAUAUAUCAUUAUUCAAACAUAAUCAUUUUUAUUGUCUAUAAACAAAAAAGUCCUCGAUUUCAAAUGAAAACAAUAUGCACCGCCAUGCGGUUUUUUUAGAUUUAAAUAUUUUACAAUAACCGUUUUUUCGUGUAUCUUAAAUCAUAUAUUAUUAAAAUAUUUGCUGGGAGUUAACAGAAGUUUAAAACUAUUUUACAAUUAAACUCCAAUCGAUUAAAUAUUUAAUAAAACAACAAAUGAAUUAACAUUUUUUUACAUAUUUAAAUUACAAAUAACUUGUAUUAACCCCC